UAGCUUUAUUUUUGUUUUCCUUCUAUAUUUUCUCUCUCUUAUUUUCUUUCCUCUGUAAUCCGAAGUACAAGCAUACAGUUACCUUGUAUUUUAGUCAGGCCAGCAAAGACAAAACGCGAAGGAAUGAGUCAUUCCACGCAGCCAAUAGCUGCUUGCACAGCUUUCCCACCAAAUAUAGGCGCAAAGUCCAGAAACUCUCCAAAUAGAAAUCAAUUUCUCUCUCUUUUGCAAAAUUGCAAACACAUUAACCAAAUUCCAGUAAUCCAAGCUAAAAUCAUAAGAACCAACCAUGACCAAGAUCCUUUUGUUAUCUUUGAGCUACUUCGCGUUUGUUCCAAUCUCAACUCUAUUAACUACGCCACUAGAAUCUUUUCUUACACACAAAACCCAAAUGUUUACCUCUACACUGCUCUCAUUGAUGGGUUCGUAUUAUCUGGCUAUUACAUUAAUGGGAUUCAAUUAUAUUAUCAAAUGAUUAGCUCAUCAAUCUUACCUGAUAAGUACGCAAUCACUUCUGUUUUGAAAGCUUGCGCGUUUCAAUUAGCGUUGAGAGAAGGCAGAGAGGUUCAUUGCCAAGUUUUGAAAUUUGGGUUUAGUUCAAAUAGGUCAACGAGAAUGAAAUUGAUGGAGGUUUAUGGCAAAUGUGGAGCACUAAAAGAUGCAAAGCAGGUGUUUGAUGAAAUGCCUGAAUUAGAUGUUGUUGCAUCAACAAUCAUGAUUGAUUCCUACUUUGAUCGUGGAUUGGUUCAAGAGGCAACUAAUGUCUUUAAUUUGAUUAAGACUAAGGAUACAGUGUGUUUUACUGCGAUGAUUGAUGGGUUGGUCAGGAAUGGGGAGUUGAACAGAGCAUUAGAGAUAUUUAGAGAAAUGCAAAGGCUUGAUGUGAGGCCUAAUGAAGUUACAAUUGUUUGUGUUUUAUCAGCUUGCUCACAAAUAGGAGCAUUGGAGCUUGGAAGAUGGGUGCACUCUUAUAUGGGUAAGUGUAAGAUAGAGCUAAAUCAUUUUGUUGGUGCUGCUUUGAUCAAUAUGUACUCAAGGUGUGGUGACAUCGAUGAGGCAUGGAAAAUUUUUGGAAAAAUGAAAGAAAGAAAUGCCAUCACUUACAAUUCUAUGAUUAUGGGGCUUUCAUUGCAUGGAAAGAGCAAUGAAGCUAUUGAGUUGUUUAGAGAAAUGACAAAACAAGGACAUAGACCAACCAGUGUAACUUUUGUUGGUUUGUUGAAUGCUUGUAGUCAUGGGGGUUUGGUGGAUUUAGGUUUUGAAAUAUUUCACUCUAUGUCCAGGGAUUAUGAGAUUGAACCACAAAUGGAGCAUUACGGAUGUAUUGUGGAUCUUUUAGGUCGUCUGGGACGACCUGAGGAAGCCUAUGAUUUCAUUAGAACAAUGAAGUUAGAACCAGAUCAUAUUAUGCUAGGAGCUUUACUAAGUGCUUGCACAAUUCAUGGAAAUCUGCAGUUAGGCGAAGAAAUCGCAAAAAUGUUGGUGAAUUGUGGAAAUGCUGAUUCAGGAACUUAUGUUUUGCUGUCAAAUGUAUAUUCUUCAUCUGGGAAAUGGAAAGAGGCUGCACAAGUAAGAGCAAAGAUGAAAGAAGAGGGAAUAUUGAAGGAACCAGGCUGUAGUUCAAUUGAAGUAAACAAUGAGAUUCAUGAAUUCAUCUCAGGAGACCUAAGACAUCCUCAGAAAGAAAAAAUCUACAAAAAGUUAGAAGAUAUUAAUCUAAAAUUGAGAUUGAAAGGGUAUACUCCUGCAACAGAGGUAGUGUUGCAUGAUAUUGAGAACUGGGAGAAAGAAUGGGCUUUGGCAAUACAUAGUGAAAAACUAGCAAUAUGCUAUGGAUUAAUUUCUACAAAACCAUUUACUACAAUAAGGGUUGUGAAAAAUUUAAGGAUAUGCAAUGAUUGCCACUCAAUGAUCAGACUUAUAUCUGAGAUUACCAAGAGAAAAAUAGUGGUUAGGGAUCGCAAUAGGUUUCACCAGUUUGAGAAUGGGAUUUGUUCUUGUGGGGAUUAUUGGUGAAAUAGACUCUUACAAUUUUCAAGUAUUUGGAUUCAUUGAAGUAAUGUUGUAUAUACAAAAAUUAUAUAAAUAGUUAAUUAUUUUUAACUUUUGUAUAUAAUAUAUACAAUAAUUUAUGUUAUACUCUUUAAA